UAUGGAUAAUACCUGCAUGCUACACAUCUUAAAGAUCAAUUCGUUUAGAGGUGAGUUUCUUCAUGUCUUGAUGUGAUCGUCUAUGUAUAUAUUAUCGGUCUGAUCUCCGCCGCGCAACACCACCGUUUACGGCGCCACAAAGCUAGAGCCAGCAAAAACCGGGCGGCAGCAUAGCAUGCACAUGGGAGAUUAUCCACCAAAAUCGCCCAGGACGACAAACUUUUAUUACCACAUUCUGGGCAUCUCCAAAACUGCGUCACUUGCAGACAUUUGCAAGGCCUACAAAUGCCUUGCCCGGAAAUGGCACCCUGACCGGAAUUCCUCCAACCGGGACGAAGCCCAGGCCAAGUUUACCUCCAUUAAUGAGGCCUAUAGGGUUCUUAGUAUGAAAAAGAGGGAAGAAGCGUGUAACACGACGUCGUUGACGUCGGACGUUGAAGACGACAAGACACCGAAAAACACGGAGCGCGGAACAACGGCCAAGGUAUCUUCUAAUAAUCAAGACGGGGGAGAAGAAGAAGAGUUUGUGAUUUCCAGCCCGAGGCUCCUGUCUCGGACAACGAGCCGGAUUGUGCCACCGGAGGUCAGCCAGAAAAUGUCGAAGAGCGGGAGUCGGAGGGGCAGGACGCCGACGCCGACGCCGACGCCGAUGGACUUUUACGCGCACAUGCAAAGAUCUACGUCGACUUCUUGCGGCGGGGCGAACGCCCCUUCGUCAUCAUCAUAUUCGUCGGCGCCUUCUACGCCGACAAUGGCGGACCCGGCGUUUCUUUCGAAAAUUGCGAGCAAAAGAAACAACGUGCCACCCAUAAUUUUCUCGCAGUCAAUUGCUCGGAGAAAGCCGCCACCGGUGGAGAAGAAGCUGGAGUGCACGCUUGAGGAGCUUUGCCAUGGACGUGUUAAGGUGGUCAAGAUUACAAGAGAGGUCAUCUCCAACACUGGGCUAAUAGUUGAAGAGGAGGAGUACGUGACAAUCGUGGUGAAGCCGGGAUGGAAAAAGGGAACAAAGAUCACAUUUGAAGGGAAGGGAGACGAGAAGCCGGGAAUGCUCCCGGCCGACAUCACCUUUGUGAUUGAAGAAAAGAGACACCCAAUCUUCAAGCGGGAAGGUGAUGAUUUGGUGUUAGGGGUUGAAAUCCCUUUGGUUCAAGCUCUCACCGGGUGCACCAUAACCGUACCGUUGUUGGGUGGUGAGAA